CCCGCGCUGAUGGUUCUUACCUCGUCCUAAACCUCUCUUUUGACACAGUUUUAGAGUUGCUUAAUCUCUGAGCAAGCACCUGACACGGGCGACUUUUUCCUUCUUUAUUCUCCUCCAGUCCCUCCGGUAAAAUGGAGGUAGAAAACGAAGCCAGCUGCUCCCCCAGCAGCGCGACAGCCUCAGGCGGGUCCAGAGAGUACAAGGUGGUAAUGCUGGGAGCAGGGGGAGUUGGUAAAAGCGCAAUGACAAUGCAGUUUAUUAGCCAUCAGUUCCCUGAUUACCAUGAUCCCACUAUUGAAGAUGCUUAUAAGACCCAGGUUAGGAUUGACAAUGAGCCAGCUUAUUUGGACAUCUUGGACACUGCUGGUCAGGCAGAGUUCACAGCCAUGCGGGAGCAGUACAUGCGAGGUGGGGAGGGCUUCAUUGUCUGCUACUCUGUCACCGACCGCCAGUCAUUCCAGGAGGCUGCCAAGUUUAAAGAGCUCAUUUUUCAGGUCCGUCACACCUACGAAAUACCCCUGGUGCUGGUGGGCAACAAAAUUGACCUGGACCAGUUCCGCCAGGUCUCUACAGAAGAAGGCUUGGGUCUGGCCCGAGAAUAUAACUGUGCUUUUUUUGAGACCUCUGCAGCCCUCCGAUUCUGCAUUGAUGAUGCCUUUCAUGGUUUAGUGAGGGAAAUUCGCAAGAAGGAGUCGGUGCCAUCCCUGACGGGAAAGAAACUAAAGAGGAAAGACAGCCUGUGGAAGAAGUUAAAGGGCUCACUGAAGAAGAAGAGAGAAAACCUGGCAUGCUAGCCUCACUUCUAACUCCCUCUCUUUCUGAAUUUUAUCAGUUGGACAAUUCCAGAUGUUUCAUUCUGCUUUAAUUCUCUCUCUCUCUCCCUCUCUCACUCUCCCUCUCUUACUCUCGCUCAUAUCUGCCUGUAGGUAAAAGCAAGAUCUGCAUAACUGUACCUCUUGAGAUAGUUUUGUUUUGCCCUUAACAGU